GGAGAGUUUGGCCAUGAUUGAUGCCAUUCAACGCCUUGGCAUCGACCACCAUUUCCAUAAUCAGAUAGAACAGGUUCUUGGAAAGCAUAAUAUGAUCCUAUGUAGCAAAGAUGGUUAUCAAGGCCAGCAUCUUCAUGAGGUUGCUUUGCGCUUUCGCCUACUCAGACAACAAGGUUACCAUGUGCCAGCAGAUAUGUUUAAGGAGUUCAAAGAUAAUAGAGGAAGGUUUAACCAAGAACUAAGUGAGAACAUUGCAGGCUUGAUGGAAUUAUAUGAAGCUUCACACCUAAGCAUAGAGGGAGAAGAUAUACUUGAUGAAGCUGGAGAAUUCAGUGCUCAUCACCUCAAAGCAUGUCUAGAACAUCUUGACUAUUCACAGGCCAAGGUGGUGCAGAAUAAACUGGACUAUCCCUAUAGCAGAAGCGUAUUGAGAAUCAAGGCGAUGUCCUCAUUAAUGAUCCUUAGUGAUUUCCAAGGAAGGGAGUGGAUAAAUCUCCUACUAGACAUAGCCAAAAUGGAUUUCAAUAUGGUCCAGUCCUUGCACCAAAAGGAAAUACUUCAAGUUACCAAGUGGUGGAAGGAUCUCGGCUUGAGGAAGGAGCUACCGUUGGCUAGGGACCAAAGCACAAAAUGGUAUUUAGAAUCUCUGGCAUGCCUCAAUGAUCCAAGCUUGUCAGAGGAAAGGAUUGUGCUCGCAAAAACUAUUUCACUAAUUUUCAUAAUUGAUGACAUCUUUGAUCUUUACGGGACACUUGAUGAACUCACUCUAUUCACACAAGUUGUCAACAGGUAUCAAUCAACCUACACAUGAGAUAUUAUACACUUAGUUAUAGACAUACUCUCUCUCUAAAUUUUUUAGUAGAGUUAGUUUGACUUUUUGAUCUUUAAUAUAUGAAUUUUAGAUAA